AACACGCAUGCGCUGUUUUAUCCUGUCGGGUUUACUGGAUAUGACAUUAGGACUCGUUUGAUCUAAAACGAAAAUAGAUUAAAAAAGAUUGUGAAAUCUGCGUUAUUGUUAACUAUUAUAGUCACUGAUCAUGCGAUCCUGCUAGAUCUAUCGUCUGAAAAGAGCCAAAGCCAGCAGCGGUAAAGCAGUUGCUUGUUGGUGAGCUAGCAAUACUUGUUACGAUAUGGCAAGGUAAUUGUCUAAAGGCUUUUUACAGAAUGUGGAGAAGGCACUUCGUAAUUGCUUGGAAGGCAACGCCUGGAUAAGAAGAUCCCCUACUUAGAUAUUUUGUUGACAAUUAGAUAAACAUGGGUAUGCCAUUAUUGUCCCAUCCGUGCUUUAAAGCAAUUUGUGUCAUCGCUUUACUCAAUGGGCUUGGCGACUGCAGCGAGGGGUCAGCAUCGCAUCAGACCUCGCAGUUCUCCUCAUAUGAAGUCACCAUACCCAAGCGCUUUGGGAAGCAGAGGAGAGACAUGGAUAGCUCAGAUUCUAACCAGGUGUCCUAUAUCAUCAGUGCCAUGGGAAAAGAGCACGUUGUUGUCCUGGAGAAGAAUGAGCUACUGCUCCCUAAGGACUUCACUGUGUACACACAUGCCAAGGAUGGAUCUCUAAUAACCAACAGACCUCCAAUGCAGGAUCACUGUCACUAUCGGGGCUAUGUGGAGGACGUGGAGGGAUCAUCUGUGGCCAUGAGUAUCUGCUUUGGGCUAAGAGGGGUGCUCCUCAUGGACAACUCCAGCUAUGGGAUUGAGCCGCUGGUGUCUUCCUCGGACUUCCAGCACCUAGUGUACCGGCUGGAGGACGUGGUGUCGGAGCCGCUGGUGUGUGGCACUCCACACACGGAACAACUAGCCCCAUCUGAACAGGACCACUCAGCGCAUCACACCCACUCUGACACACACAAACAGCCUGUCAGCCACCUCCUCAGGAGAAAGCGGGCAGUGCUGCUCCAGCCACACUAUGUAGAGCUGCUCCUGGUGGUGGAUAAUGAGAGGUUCACCUACAUGCACAGGAAUGAGACUGCAGUGCGAGACGAGAUGAUUCAUCUUGCAAACUACAUUGACAGUAUGUACGUGGAGCUAAACAUCCGUGUGGUGUUGGUGGGCCUGUACAUCUGGGCCAACGGGAACCCCAUCAGCAUGGAGGGCAGCGCCGGGGAGGUGCUCAGCCGCUUUGUCCAGUGGAGGGAGAAGGAGCUGGUGCCACGGCGACGCCACGACAGCGCCCAGCUCAUUCUGAAGAAGAGCUUUGGGGGCACUGCUGGGAUGGCCUUUGUCAGCACGGUCUGCUCGCGGAGUCACGGGGGUGGGAUCAACGCAUUCACCAACAACAACAUCCCGUCCUUUGCGUCCAUCGUGGCCCACGAGCUGGGCCACAACCUGGGCAUGAACCACGACGAUGGGCGUAACUGCCACUGCGGGGUCACCAGUUGUAUUAUGAACUCGGGCGCCACUGGCUCGCGGAACUUCAGCAGCUGCAGCGCCGACGACUUUGAGAAGAUGAUCCUGAACACGGGGGGCAGCUGCCUGCUUAACAUCCCGCAUCCUGAAGAGGCCUACAGCGCCCCCUACUGUGGCAACAAACUGGUGGACAUGGGAGAGGAGUGUGACUGUGGCUCAGACAAGGAAUGUGAGAAGGACCCGUGCUGUGAAGCCAAGACCUGCAAGCUCAAGGGUGGAGCACAGUGUGCUUAUGGAGUGUGCUGUAAAAAUUGUCAGUAUUUGCCAGGGGGCUCAGUGUGUAGAGGUAGCAAUGAUGAGUGCGACCUCUCGGAGUACUGCAACGGCUCAUCUGCACUGUGUCCAAGCGACGUCUUCAAGCAGAACGGCCAACCCUGCAAAGUGGAUAAGGCCUACUGCUACAAUGGGAAGUGCCAGCACUACGAUGGACAAUGCCGGGCCAUCUUUGGCCCAAAGGCAAAGGCUGCCCCAGAGGUGUGUUUCAAAGAUGUCAACUCCAAGGGGGAUCGUUUUGGUAACUGCGGCUACCAGAACAAUGGCUACAAGAAGUGUGAGAGCAGGAAUGCCAUGUGUGGGAAGCUGCAGUGUGAGAACGUCCAGUCGGUCACCGUCUUUGGCAUCGAGCCCUCCAUCAUCCAGACGCCCAUCGCCGGAAUCAAGUGCUGGGGCGUUGACUUUCUGCUGGGGUCGGACGUUCCAGACCCUGGCAUGGUGAACGAGGGGACCAAGUGUGGAGAGAACAAGGUCUGUUUGAAUUACGAAUGUCGGAGUGCCGACGUGCUUAACUACGACUGUGACAUCCAGAAGAAAUGCCACAGUCACGGGGUGUGUAACAGCAACAGGAACUGCCACUGUGAGAACGGCUGGGCACCGCCCUACUGCGAAGCUAAAGGUUUCGGCGGCAGCGUGGACAGCGGCCCUACGUGGAACGACAAGGACACCGCCACAAGGGAUGGGCUGCUGGUUUUCUUCUUUCUGGUACUGCCUCUGAUGGCGCUGGGCCUCUUCGUCUUCUUCAGGAGGAAUGAGCUGCAGAGGCGCUUCUGCAGGAGGAAAAGAUCCCAGGGCUACGAGGCCGACAGCAGACCUCAGGCCAACACUAGCCGAGGCCCUCCUCCGAGAGCCAACCCCAACACCAUUGUCAAAGACAGACACCAAGCUCAGUUAUUACCACCAGAGGAGGUUGUGCAGACGAGCAGGACCGUCUCUGUGCCAUCUUAUGCUGUCAGACCACCUCCUCCCUAUUCAAGACCAACACCUGCUGCAACACAACUUGUGCCUCAAAGACCUGCGCCCCCACCCCCAGUCUAGCCCAUGGAAACGCGGUCAGCCAAAAUCCACACAUGAAAUGCAGUCACUUGACAUAAGAGGCACACCUGCAAUACAGAGUUGUAAAACAAACUGGACCCGUUUCUGAUCCACUCCAAGGUGUCUUUUUUGUUGUUGUUGCAAGAAGCAGAGAUGUUUGGCUACAUGAGACCGCUGCUACCAAUUGCAUACACUUCACUUCUCCUGUCAUAGGAACUGUCAUAGGAAUGUAAAGAUGAUGACACACAAGCCCUUGAUGAUCAUAGUGGGGAGUUUGUGUUGGUUAAGUAAAACAUUUUAAUUAACAUUUUAGACAAACCUGAUGGUGCUGGUGGGAAUGUAAUCCAUGCGCCGGCUUAACUGAUACUGCAGAAAUGUACCUGGUUUGGAUCAUACUGCCUGCAGUUUACAAUCUCUUUGGUCCUACUGUAUGAUGAUUUGUGUUCUUUAUUCCCUGAAGACAGUUUUGACUCCUCAGAUGCUUUUAUCAGAUUCAGGCCACAUGAGUUUAACAUAAAACUUUUUUUUUAUUUUCACUUGGUUAAUGGUAAUAUGCACCCUUUCAUCACUUGAUAACCCGCAGAUAUUUAAAGUUUUGCAGUAUUAAAUCUGGUUUGAAUUAGUUGUCUUAUAAGUGUGUCCCAUACAGUACAAUAAUGUUGCUCUUACAACCUUAAUCUUAUGUUGCCGUUAAUUUAGCUUAAAAACCAUGCUGGAUUUCUAUCUUCAUUUUUCACCUUUUGGAAAUUAAGAAAAUAUCGUGAACAUAUUGGAUAAUGAGCUAGAUUACACCUGGACCUUUUGACUGAUAAAUGUUUUCUGCAUUUGGUGACCCAAUACAGAUAUUCAUAGCCUGUCCCUUUGUUACAGUUCUUCUAUUCAAUACAUUUUAUAGGAUACUUAUAUUUUCCAAUUUAGCCAUUAUCCCCAAUGGAUUGCCCAAAUUUAGGCACCUUUAUUAAUAAUUUGAUUAAAAACCGGGUCUAAGGGCAUUCGGUUGCGACAGCUUGUGAGAUAAACCAUGGUUCAAUGACCGUACAUGCAAGCAGCAUGCGUGACGGCGUCCGAAAUGACAUCCAUAAUCGGUAGACAGGUCUGAUUCAUAGGUUGCCGUUUGCAUCGCCGAGCAGUGAAGAAACUAUCAAAUCAUAUUUUUAGACGCUAACCCUCCUCCCCAAAACAAAAUCUAAUAUGGAUGCCAAUGUUUUGUUCUCGCUUUGUGCGCGCACAUUUCCUCAACUUCCCGCAUGGUGCCUAUAUUGCGUGGCGGAUUAGCUUGACAGACAGGUGUGAAACACAGCCAUGUGUUCACGCAAAAUGAGAACACAAUAUAGAAUCCAUAAUUGGUUUUGAUUUGAGGAGGUGGGAGGUAGCAUCUAAAAACUGGAUUUAAUAGUUUAUUCACUUUUCUGCGACGCAAACAGUGACCAAUCAAUCAGAACCUUUAUUUAACUAGGCAAGUCAGUUAAGAACCAGUUCUUAUUUACAAUGACGGUCUACCCUGGACAAACCCUAACCCGGACGAUGCUGGGCCAAUU